AUGGGUGCACUUUGUGAGUUGAUUGAGCAGUCGGCUAGGUUUAACUUGGAUGAAAUUGAUGGAAAAGCUGCUUUGUUUCAUGCUGCUAAACAUGAUCGGUUUCGUGUAAUAAGUAAACUAGAUUCUAAAGGUCUUGAUUUCAACUUAACUGAUGACGAGGGUAAAACUGCUGUGUUUUAUGCUAACCAGAACGACAGAAUCCAUGCACUUUGUCAGUUGAUUCAGUGUGGUGCUAAAUUUAACUUAGACGAAAUUGAUGGAAAAGCUGCUUUGUUUCAUGCCGCUAAAAAUGAUCGUCGUCGUGUAAUAAAUGAAUUAUAUUCUAAAGGCCUCGACCUUAACGUAACUGAUGACGAGGGUAAAACUGCUGUGUUUUAUGCUAACCAGAACGACAGAAUCGAUGCACUUUGUGAGUUGAUUGAGCAGUCGGCUAGGUUUGACUUGGAUGAAAUUGAUGGAAAAGCUGUUUUGUUUCAUGCUGCUAAACAUGACCGGUUUCGUGUAAUAAGUAAACUAGAUUCUGAAGGCCUUGAUUUCAACUUAACUGGUGACGAGGGUAACACUGCUGUGUUUUAUGCUAACCAGAACUACAAUAUGGAUGUUCUUUGUGAUUUGAUUAACCGUGAUGCUGAAUUUAACUUAGAUGAAAUUGAUGGAAAACCUGCUUUGUUUCAUGCUGCUAAGAAAGACCACGGCGGCGUAGUUUUCAAUUUAAAAUCUCAAGGUCUUGACCUCAACAUAACUGAUGACGAGGGCAGAACUGCUGUGUUUUAUGCUAACCAGAACCACAAUAUGGAUGUUCUUUGUGAUUUGAUUGACUGUGAUGCUGAAUUAAACUUAGAUGAAAUUGAUGGAAAAGCUGUUUUGUUUCAUGCUGCUAAAAAUGAUCGUCCUCGUGUAAUAAGAGAAUUAUAUGCUAGAGGCCUCGACCUUAACCUAACUGAUGACGAUGGUAAAACUGCUGUGUUUUAUGCUAACCAGAAUCGCAGUAUGGAUGCACUUUGUGAGUUGAUUGAGCAAUCGGCUAGGUUUAACUUAGAUGAAAUUGAUGGAAAAGCUGCUUUGUUUCAUGCUGCUAAACACGACUGUUUUCUUGUAAUAAGUAAACUAAAUUCUAAAUGCCUUGAUUUCAACGUAAGUGAUGACGAGGGUAAAACUGCUGUGUUUUAUGCUAACCAGAACGACAGAGUCGAUGCACUUUGCGAGUUGAUUCGGUGUCGUGCUAAAUUUAACUUAGAUGAAAUUGAUGGAAAAGCUGCUUUGUUUCAUGCUGCUGAAAUGCAUAUAGAAAACGUAGUGCAGCCAUUGUACAACGCCGGCCUGGACCUAAACGUAACUGACAACGAGGGUAAAACGGUUAUCUUUUAUUGCGAUAAAGAAUUCUUGGACGACAUGAUAGCAGUGGAUGAAGUUCAGAUAAACGCAAGAGAUGCGUAUGGUAGAACCCCAUUGUUCUAUGCUAUUCAGGAUGACGAUGCAACAAAAGCUCUACAUCUUAUCAAGAAUGGAGGAAACCUUCAAUUAAAAGACAAUUGCCAUCUAAGCAUCUUUUCCUUCUUCAUAGAAUACUGUAUUUCCGAGAAUAUAGAAGCAUUGCAGUUAUUUACGUCUAAAUUAUUUAACGAAGAGCGCCAAUUAGAAGCGCUGACUCUUGCCAUAUUCGACACUGUCUAUUGUCAAGCUCCUCUCCUGUCCGUCCGUGGUUCUCCUCACUUGCUAAAGUCAUACACUAUCUUUAACAAAAAAACAAAUAUUUUAAAAGCUUUGGCCUUCGCGCGAGAGCAAUUUUUAAUUCAAGACGAUGAUAAUGCAGAAAACGUUGACAAAAUUGCAUCCAUGAUAAGAGAAAACGAGAUCGAUGUACCACUUACUUUGUCCUUGCUCAACAAACUGGGUGCCAAUCCCAACGCUGUUGAUUCAGAUGGAAAUACGGCUCUUCACUAUACGUCCCUUCUACCAUUUCUGGGCGUAACGCAAGAGCGCGUCAUUGAAAUAUGUAAGAAAUUAAAGAAACUUGGGGCGUUAUUCAAUACAAAAAGUCAUCGAAGUCAAUCGCCUCUGCUAUUUUGCUUGUCACCACUUACAUUGAAAGUGAUAACUGAAGAUAAUAAUUGGCAGUCAUCAAUCGGAGGAUUGGUAGAGAUCUGUAGAUUUUUGUUAAGGAAUGGAAGCAGUAUCACCAACGGCUCAGGAAAUGUUCAAACUAUUUUUCAUCGUAUAAUUUUGCUUAUCCAACAGGGUCUCCUACUAAAUGAAGAAGCCUCAAGAAAGGCUGUUUGUCAGGUAAUGAUCGACGUUCUGAAGUUACUCUCGCCUAACGAAGAAGCCGUUAGAAACGCCGUGAACAACACUGACACUCUGUUAAACUCACCACUGCACCUUUGGGCUUCUAUUGCGUUAAAAUCACCCAAAGAUUACACAAGCUUUUUGACUGGAGAGCACACUUUUGAGCGCUUCUUGCAAAUAAUUUUGCACCAUCUCUUAGAAUGUGGAGCAAAACUCAAUCCUCGAAAUGCGAACGAACAGACUCCUUUGCAUGCCUGCAGAACGUGGACCGCUGCAAAGUUGUUAUUAGACGCUGGAGCAAACCCAAACGACGUCGAUUCAUCGGGACAUUCACCUCUCCUUGUGGUAGCAAACGAGAAAAAUUCUACCAAAAAAUUCUUUUUAUGCUGA